CAGUGACGUCAUACUCAUAUGAAAGACUUGAGGAGUGGAACAGCAGUAACUAUGGCUCUCUCUGCUGAUACUCUCGCUCUACCUCUCAAAAAAGCUUCUGACAUUGACAUCUUGAAACCUCUGAAGAACCUGAUACUGUCUCGCUACCAGACGGCGGAGCAAGAGAGCUACGUGGGUGCUGUAAACGAGCUUGUUAAGCUGAGGUUGAGUGCGGUGUGUAGGACUUUAGACUACCAUGAAUCAUCCCUCGAGACUUUGUACAGGUACUAUGACCAAAUUGUUGCCCUGGAGUCCAAGAUUCCUGCAGCAGAGAUUCAGAUACCAUUCAAAUGGAAAGAUGCAUUUGACAGAGGCUCCAUUUUUGGUGGUCGUAUAAGCUUGACCGUGGCAUCAUUAUCAUAUGAGAAAGUGUGUGUCCUAUACAACAUUGCUGCCCUUCAAAGUCAGGUAGCUGCAGCACAAAACUAUGACUCUGAUGAGGCUCUCAAAUUGGCUGCUAAGCUUUUUCAGAGUGCAGCAGGAAUUUUAACUCAUUUGAAAGGGAUUGUCCAUUCCUCUGUUCAACAAGAACCAACUCCAGAUCUUCAACCAGAUACCCUGGCUGCCCUGGCUGACCUGUGUGUGGCUCAAGCUCAAGAAGUCAUUGCUAUCAAAGCUAUCAAAGACCGAAUGAAGGAUGCAGUGGUGGCAAAACUUUGUUCACAGUGUGAAGAGAUGUUUGGAGAUGCUCUUAAGCAUCUCCAGAAAGAGACCCUAAAAACUCUCUGGGAUCGGGAUUGGCUAUCAAAUGUUGCUGGCAAGCAAGCAGGAUAUCAUGCUCUUGCUGAGUAUCAUCAGAGCAGGGUGUGUAAUAGCAACAAGACUGUGGGUGAAGAGAUUGCUCGCUUGAGGCAUGCCAUAGAAUUAUUUAAGGCUGCACAGAUACGGUCUGGAGUCUCUUCGCUUUUUGAAGAUCAUCUUAGUAGAGCUCAGCGUUCCCUUGAUGAGGCUGUGAAGGACAAUGAUUUCAUCUACCACGAGAGAAUCCCAGAUAUAAAAACGCUUGGAGGAAUUGGUAAGGCUCCAGUUGCUAAACCAACUCCUAUGCCAGAAAAGUUUAGCUCUAGUUUCACAGAUCUCUUUGAAACUUUGGUUCCAGUUGGGGUUCAACAAGCUUUGGUAAGCUAUGACACUCGAAAGCAGGAAAUAGUGACUGCAGAAAUUAGUAAACUUCGGGAAAGCACACAACUGCUUAACUCAAUUCUGGCAUCUCUUAAUUUGCCUGCUGCCAUUGAAGAUGUUGGUGGAGAGAAGGUUCCUCAGUCUGUACGUGAUAAAUCAGCUGCUGUAGUUGAAGCUGGAGGCUGUGAGGCACUAAAUAAAAUGAUAACAGAGUUGCCAGACUUAUUGACUCGCAAUAGGGAACUCCUUGAAGAAUGCGAGAGAAUGCUAAAUGAAGAGAGUGAAUCUGACAAUCAACUGCGUGCACAGUUCAAAGAAAGGUGGACACGAACACCAUCUGACAAGCUCACUGGUACAUUCCAAACUAAUGCACAGAAAUAUAGGAAAGUGAUAGAAACUGCUGUUUCUGCUGAUAGUACUAUCCGUGUAAAGUAUGACUCUCAUAAAGAAGGCAUGGAGCUUUUGUCUGCUGGCCCAGAAAAUCUGGCAUCAGCCUUGCCUACUGCUGGAGCUAGCACAAAUGGUAGCAACCCAGCUGUCCAAAAGCUCAGAGAACUCAUGGAAGAUGUUGAAACACUAAAAGCAGAGAGAGAUGCCAUUGAGUGUGAAUUAAAGAGUGCUACAGUGGACAUGAAGGAUGUCUUCCUUAAUGCCCUUGCUCAAGAUGGUACUAUUAAUGAGACAGCCAUUUCUACAGAGAGCCUGGGUCGUGUGUUUGGGCCCCUACAGAAGCAGGUAUGAUAACAAAUCAUAUUCUCUUAUUAAAAA